CUCUACAAAGGAAAGUCUCUUCAUUUAAUGAGAAGGAAGUAGAUAAUAGAAUCAAGAUGUCAUUUUCGGAGAAACACCUUGAAGAUUUGUCUAAGAGAAUAGAGCAAGUGUCAGAGGAGAAUCAAAAUCUAAGGCAGUAUCUCACUUAGUUACAAGUGGAAUAUCAAGUAGCUCCAAACAAUAGAGAUUAUGUUCGGGAAAACUACUAGGAAAAGGUUAAAGAGCUUAAAUCAGAGACUUUGCUGACAACUGUGCUAAGGGAGAAGCUCUAUUCCGAGGAGAUGAACAUAAAACAACUUCAGGCUAAUCUAGCCAUAACAGUUAGAGGUAACGACAUUCUCAAAUAUGAAGUGCAAAAUGCGCUGGACGCUCUUUCUUAUGCCACACCCAAGUUGAAAUAUCUCGAGCUUCAGGUGCUAAAAAAGGAUGAAAAUAUCAACCAGCUCACUAAUGAUUUGCAAGAAUGCAUAAAGGAACUUGGCAUUGUAAAGAUGAUACUACCAAAAGUGUUUCAGGAGAGGGAUUUUAUGUGGGAGGAAGUUAAGAGCUACAGUGAGAUGAACAUGCUGUUGAAUUAUGAGAUCAACAUGUUGAAAAGAAAGGUAGAUACCCUCGACGAAGACUUUAUUAUGAAAGAGGUUCAAAUCACAAUCUUGAAAUACUCGAUAAGCAAACCUUUCGACCUUUUUGCAAGUCCUGAUUCUCUGUUGGAGUGA